AUGACCUUUGACGCCAACAUCGCGUCUUUGUUGACCGAUGCUCACGCUCACCCCACCGAUGACCCGAGGUUGAGGGCAGGAGACGAGCAAGGACUGCAGGACCUGGCUCAGAGGCUCUGCGAGGUGCCGCUGGGCAGAGUCUGCGCCAUGAGCAGCUGUAGCGGUGAUCAGGAACUAGUUCGCAACUUGGCGUUGGAGGUGAGGAGACUGCAGGCCGAGGGGAGUAGCAAAGAGAGCAGCAUGGACUUGCGACCAUGCUUUGGCUACCACCCGUGGUAUAGUCACACAAUUUCCCUCGAUGACGAGGUCACAUCGCGUGAGGACCAUUAUCGCUCGCUCCUCAUCGACUCGAGAUCAACAUUACAGGCAAAGGAAGAGUUAGAGGCCCUUCUCCCUCAUCUACCUCCGCCACGCUCCCUCAAGGCGAUCCUGUCCGAGCUUCGGACCCACCUCGAGGAGUUUCCUUCUGCGCUAUUGGGCGAAGUAGGCCUCGAUCGGGCCUUUCGCAUUCCAGCAGCAAAGCAUGUCGUUCAGGACCAACCAUCAGAGCAAGGUUUGCUAGAUUCACAACCGCCAAUCAACGAACAUACCCUCGCCCUGCGCGGCAAACGCCUUACGACCCUCUCCGUCCCCAUUGAGCAUCAGCUCAAGGUCGUCCUCGCCCAGAUCGGCGUCGCCGUCGACUUGGGGCGCAGCGUCUCCUUUCACAGCGUGCGAGCGCCCGAGGCUACCAUACAGCUUCUCAAAGAGAGCUGUCGUGUUUACAAUGGUGCCAAUGGUCGAGCCUUUCGGGACAUCUGUCUCGACUUGCACUCUUGCACGCUCAGCGAAGAGAUGAUCUCCGCCAUCCUUCGCACGCAUCCCAACGUCUUUGUGAGCUUCUCCGUUACCAUCAACUUGAGGCAGAAGAGUCUGGCAUCGCAGCUUAGCGUUGUUCCGCCUACGAGGCUCCUCAUCGAGUCUGACUGGCACACGGCGGGAGACCUCGCAGAGCGCAACUACGAGAUGUUGAAGAUGGCGACGCCGUACGUGUUGAGGGAGGAGCCUGGAGCAUGUAAUGAUGGUGGAGACGUGAACGAGGCGGCGAAGUUAAUAGCGCACAAUUGGGAGCGUUUCGAUCGAAGUCUUGCUCAAAGAAGAGGAGAUGUCGAUAUGGAGAACGAUGGAGACGACGAUGAGCUGGAAGAGGCAUCGCACAAGACGAUUAGGAAGUUCGAAGCCAACUGGUGGAAGCAGAUGAAAUGCUUGAGAUGA